AUGAAUGAAGCAAUUAAAGAAAUCAAUCGAAUUGAAGCAAAAGAUCGUCUUCUUGUUCGUUUUCUUGAUGUUGUUCAUUCACGUAAAGAUGAUCUUCCAUUUACUAACGAUAUAUUACAACCAGGUUUUAGUUCACUUCGUGAAUUAUGGAGUUCAUUUUGUGACCAAGAUGCAUCAACAGCUGAUGAACGUUUUCCAGCAUUUGCAAAUGAAAUCGAACAAAAACUUAAAUUAGCUAUUACAACUAUGAAAGAAACAUUAUCACAACCAUAUACUCCAUUUCCUUGGCACAGAGAUAAUGAACAAUAUCCUACUGUACAUAUAGCUAAUGCAACAUGUGAUGCUCUCCGUCAAUUAAUUGUUCAUCCAAAAUAUUUGAUUACGGCUGGUAUUAAAAUGUUAUGUAUGAAAAAUGUAUUUGAAAGAGAAAAGCGUGCAUUAACAUUAUAUCAACAAGCAGUAAAUGUUGAUAAACAAGAUUUUAUUCUUCAUUAUAAUAUGGUAUUAUGUUAUAUAAAAAAUGAUCAAAAUUCAAUAAAUGAAGCUAUAAAAGAAUUGCAUAUAGCUGUAACAUUACUUAGUAAUGAAAGUGAACGACGUAAAUUUCUUCAAAUUCAUGAUGAAUUAUCAGCACAAACAUCUGCUGAUAGAUCAUGUAUUGCUGAACUUGUCUAUCUUGAACAUGUUCAUUCAACAGAAAACAUUCAUAGAGGACGUACAGAUAAAUAA